CAGCUUUCUUCUGAGCAGUGACGGACGACUUCCUUCCCUCGCCUGUGCUGGACUCUAGAAGGAUUAGAGAGCCGUCUGCUGGCUGAAUGUUGAACUCGGUGGUAAGAGCACACCCUGGGUGUCAGUGGAGAGGGAAAGCCAUACAAAUCGUGACAUAGACAAACAAGUGGCAGCCCGAGAGGUAAGUGCAAUGGGAUUUCAUUUGAACUAUUGAUUUAGAUCUUCUAUCUUUAUCAAGCAAGGUGCUACUGUACUGUUUUGCCUCCUGCUGGCAAACAUAACACACUGGAGCUGGAAUUCUUAGUAAAACCUGAACUAUUUACUAUAGAAAACCUACGGCGGACUGUUUCUGAUGGUCACAGCAACCAGAUUCACUUUGCUUUCCUUCUCUUAAAUGGUCGUCCUACUGUAGUGCUGUUCUUAAUAUUAACUUUACCUUCCUUACUACGAUGUGCUCUUGAAUCCAACCCACAUCGUUACCCGGACACACUUACAAGGCUCUGAACAUGAGCUGUUAAAUUAAAUUACUGAGUCCAAGACAACUAGCCGCCCAGAGCACUUUAAAUGACCAGUUUUUAAAUUAAGGGAACAAAGAAAUUACAGAUGAAAAAGAUCUACCAAGAUAAUCGAGUCCACUCCUCUCUCGUGCCCUGCUAGCACAAGAUUGUUCCUCGUGAUAUAUUUUCUAGUGCUUCAUCUAGCAUCUACAGAUAAGAGUCCCAGCCAGAAAUGUGAUCGGUUUUAUUUCUACUGCAAAGAAGAUCCUGCGGAGCGCUGACGAUUUAUGAGUGUUCUGCCUUCUACACACUGAGAACAGCCUUAUGUUUCAGUCAAAUGGCAUUUCAGGCUGACAUCUGCCAGAUUAAGGCAAAAUAACAAACUAACUGAAAGACAAGGUAACAUCUUUUAUUGGGUCAACUUCCGCUGGUGAAAAAGACAAGCUCUGCCUCAGGUCUUGGAAAGGCAUUCAGGGGACUAGACUCUGAGUCAUUCCACACAGCCACAUCGGUCUCCUCUUGAGUCACCUUUAACAAGAUACUCCUGAAGGGUUCAACAGAGAAGAUGCAGAGGGUAUUUUCCUCCAGGAUGUCUUCAGGAGCAUCCAGUAUUUCUGAAGAAAAUCUCGAUGACGACCUUGAAAUAUCAAAGCAUCUGAGGAGGAUACUGAUGGACAAGUUUGUCACUGACUGGAAUGCUGACGAUUUCAUGGUCAGACAGGCCUUGCUUUAUCUUAAGAGGAAUAGAGAAAGUAUCCGUGACUUUCUGAAGCAGUUUCCUGAGCAAAGAAAGAAGGUGGAAAGCUGCAUACGAUGCCUUGAGGAAAUGGUAGACAACGUGGAUGAAGUCCAUAAGAAAUGCACCACAAUAAGUGCUGCAGCAAACACCAUGGGUCUUAUUUCAGGCUUUUUUAAUCUAGUAAAACGUGGUGGCCGUCUCUGUCUUGGUUUGGAGGUAUUCGGUGAUGUUGCAAAUAUUUCCAGAGUUAUAUACAAAAUUCAUAACUCUAAGAUAAAGGAUAAAGUUGGGGAGUUGCUACAGCAAUAUGAAAACAGCCUGAAUUAUCUGAAAAUUUCUAAUGAAGAGGAUUGUGGAUUAGAAGGUUUUCAGAAGUCUGAGGCCUUGGGCAACCAAAUGAUGGAUGAUUUCAUUUCUGCUGCUGGUUCAGCUCAAGGAUUAUAUAGAAACAUUAGAGAGUUAAACAAAUCAACUCAACAAAAAGCUAACCCUAGUUCAGGGUCAGAAGGAAGGAGCAGCACUAACACAACUAGACAGCGCAAGGCAAAGGAAAGUGACUCAUCUGAAACACCACCUGCUGCGUCCAAAGGAAACUGGCAGGAUAUAGUAAUAGCAACACCAGCCAUCAUAAACAAAGCCUGUGUGGUUAAGGAAGACUUCACACAUUUAGCUGAGGGAGGUAAGGGAGAGACUGGAGCUGAAAUAAGAAAAAUAGCUGAGAAGCUGAAGCUGAAACUUGAGGCGAUCAGUUUGCUGUAUACAGUGUAUAUGGAGUUGAUAGACAGGGCAAAUUAGCAAACUUUUAAGUAUAAAUAUAGUGUUCAUGGCAUACACACAGGGAAGUUAGAUAAAAACAAAUACUCUUGCUAGAAGGCUGCAACAGAACACAACAUAACAUUCCCUUUACUUAGGGAAUGUUUACACUGAAAAGUUACAUCAGCAUAGCUACAUCCCUCAGGAGUGGGAAAAAUCCACCCCCCCAAGAGACAGAGUUAAGUCAACAUAACCCCCAGUGGAGCCGGCGCUAGGUUGAUGGAAGAAUACUCUUGGGGAGGUGGAUUAACUGCAGCGAUGGGAGAACCCCUCCUACGACUCCUAGUGAGUGUCUACAGUGAAGCUGUGCAACUGUGCUGCAGUUGUGUAGGGUUAGUCUUAGAAUUAGGGCAUUUAAAGCCAGAAGGCGCCACUAGAUCAUCCAGUCUGACCUCCUGUUAGGGUGACCAGAUGUCCCAAUUUUAUAGGGACAGUCCUGAUUUUUGGGUCUUUUUCUUAUAUAGGCUCCUAUUACUCCCCACCCCCUGUCCUGAUUUUUCACAUUUGCUGUCUGGUGACCCUACCUCCUGUAUAGCUAGGGCCCUUCGUUUUCAGUGUUUAUUUUCCCAGGAAUUUAUCAGUGUUUAUUACCCUAACAACAAAAACAGGUGAAAAUCAGUGCAAAAGACGAUUUAUUCAUCAUUUUACUGGGUAAAUAGUGGGGUUUAUUUUGGUGGAUGGAAAGACGGGGGGUCAGGGGGAGAAGUAUUCUGUAGAUUAAUGCUUUGAAUUCCGUUAACCAAUGUGGGUUUGCUGCAGAACUAAAACAGAACUCAAAACACAACGCCACCUCUGAGUUUAAGAAAACAAUAUAUCUCUAAUCCCCAAAUAAAACUUUUUAUUUGAAUAAACAGUUGACUGUACUAGACUUAGAACUGCUAGCCUAUAAAUAAUUUACAUUUAAUAAUUGCGCCACACCAUUUGCAGCGCAUACACUCAACUUCAUCCUUUUCUCCUGUUUUUGUUUUUUUUUAAACUUUUGAAUACUUGUGUGCUGAAACGUAUUCUGAGACAGAUUUUCAUUUUCUUCCCAUUUUAGUGUGUCAGAUCUUUAAACCGUUAUCUGCUAACAGCUUGAAACGUGUACGUGGUGGACGUGAGAUUCAUCAGUAUGUUCAGACGUGCAUGAACUUCAGAGCUUGCGUGCCUGCCUGUUUGUGUAUUGUGUGUAUCUUCUAGACUAAUACAUAGCCUUACUUCAACAGGCAGCUUUGCAUAUACACACAUACUAAUGUACUAUCGUAAUACAUGUAUCUCAUGCAAUGUAUUGUAUUUUCCUAAUAAAAGAAGUUAUUUUUUAUA